AAGGAAGAACUUGAUGGAAAGGAAUAGAUAAAAUUAAUUAACCGCUGCUUUAUAAUUCAGAUUUUGAAGACGAGAUAAACUGUCUCCCUUUUUCUCAAAUGGCUUUUCCCUCAAAACUUUUUUCGGAAUUUUUUUUUUGCUAUUUUGAGUCAUCGUACACGACCCAUUUUUUAGGGCGACAUUAUACUACGACAUAAUGUCUCCCUUGUUAAUUUUAAUUUUAAUUAUAUGGUAAAAAUUGCUGCUAAACUAUGAUUAAUGAUUAGAUCAUCUUUCUUACGAGUGAUAUAAUAAGAUGAGUUGUAAUGGUUCAUGCUCACAUGAUGAGCAUACCCAUUCAUUAACAGUACGACAACAUGAACAGGAAUCAAAUAGCAAUGACAUGGAUGAUAUCUGGGGUGAUGAAGAUGAUGAGAAUUAUGGUGAUGGCUUACUAAGAGUGAAUGCCAAUGCUGAUAUACAACGAAAUCAUCAAAAACAAGGAUAUUUAGAUGGAUUAUCGAGUGCCAAAGAAGAAAGUCUACAACAAGGUUUCGAUGAAGGGUUCCCUAAUGGUGCAUUGUUGGGAUUAACUGUAGGUAAAUUACUUGCUGAAUUGAAAAUUUUUAAAGAUGAAGAUUUAUUCAAUCAAGCUAAAAAGGAACUUAAUAUUGUCAAAGUAUUAGAUAAGAAAUACUUUAGCGAGGAUUUGAAUGUUACUUCCAAUCAUGAAGUGAUUCAAAAAUGGCAGAAUUUAACUCAAGCUCUACAAUAAAAGACGCACACACUAAUAAUUUAACGAAUGAUUAAUUAACUUAUGAUUAAGGAAAAGGACGUUUGGAAUGUAU